AUCAAAAUUUGUUAGUAAUUUUAAUCACCUAAUUAUAAGCCAUAUAAAAGAUAAGGCACCUGUAAGUCAUUGGUAACAUAUAAAGGUAAACUAUGUCAAAAAGAAAUCUUCAAGGACUGUUUCUGUAAAUGUUCCCGUCAACCGAUGAAUGUGCCACCUUUUUAAAGGUAUAAACCGGUGGAUGGAGAAAAAGCAGUACACCAAUGCAGCACAACUUUAGACAGCAUCCUACUGCCGUCCACCUGCCCAAUCCAAACUCUUUUUCCUGCACCAAACAAAGAAUCUGCGAAUUGCAAUUUUCUCUCUAGAUUUUCACCAAUGGAGACAACAAUGAACUCCAUUUAAAUUGCGUAAUCAUCCCCUACAGUUUGUGAUACACAGUUUAUCCGGUAAGGCUGGAAGGUGAAAUUUGGGAGAAUCAUGUUGAUUUUCGAUGUGGUGAUGAUAUUCAAAAGAAUUUGCUCGGUCGAUUUGUAUCCAAUGAUUCUCCUUCAACAUAGAGCGACUUAGAGAUUGGCUGUGUGAAGGUCAAAAUAUGACGUUGAUGACUGAAAACAGUGAAGUUCAAGAUGAUGAAGAAUCAAAUGGAUCUAAACUCAAAACUCAUGUUCCUCUAGAUAUUAAAACCUUCAACAUACCUCAUACAAAUGAAGAUCCUCAACUUAAUGACAUCCACACUUCUCCAAGCAACAAAAGAGAUAAUUCAUCACCUUUAAAUUUGCAACAAAUUGUCAGCGAAAGGGAUCGACUCUCACACAUCAUACGUCGUCCCAAUAAAAUCAGCCAUGGUUUUCAGCAAAUCUUGUCCAGAAAACUUGAUCGAGAAUACCUUCAGAACAUGGCUAAAGAAUGGAUAAAAUCCCCAAUUAACAUAGUUCUCUUGAUCUGGAUCAUAUGUGUUACAAUCUCAGGAGCAAUUUUGUUCCUUGUCAUGACAGGCAUGUUAAAUCAUCUCCUUCCAAAAAAACACCAAAGAGAAACAUGGUUUGAAGUCAACAACCAGAUCCUCAACGCUCUUUUCACUCUCAUAUGUCUAUAUCAUCACCCUCGUAGGAUCCACCAUUUCAUCCUCCUUCUAAGAUGGAAAACACAGGACGUUUCAAAAUUGAGAAAACUAUAUUCCAAAAACGGAACUUAUAAACCACACGAACGUGCACACAUGGCGAUAGUCAUCUUCCUCCUUAAUCUCAACUGCUUCGCACAAUACGCAUUAUGUGGCAUAAACGUAGGGUACACCAGAUCAGAAAGACCAGCAAUCGGAGUAGCAAUCACCAUCACCGUCGCAAUCGCCGCCCCUGCUUUUGCCGGCGUUUACACCAUUGUUAGCCCGUUAGGUAAGGAUUACGACACGUGUCCCGACGAAGAAUCCCAAAUCGAAACCAGAUUUUCAUUUUCUGAAACUAAUCCAAAAUGGAGCGGAGGUGUUCUUGACAUCUGGAACGACAUUUCCGUUUCUCAUCUCUCGUUGUUCUGUGGGUUCUGCGUUUUCGGGUGGAACAUGGAGAGACUAGGGUUUGGAAACAUGUAUGUUCAUACGGCAACGUUUCUUCUAUUCUGUUUGGCGCCAUUUUUGAUAUUUAACAUGGCAGCGAUUAAUGUGAAGAGUGAGGUUGUAAGGGAGGUUUUGGGGGGUACCGGAGUGUUUCUGUGUGUGUUUGGGUUGCUUUACGGUGGUUUUUGGAGGAUUCAGAUGAGGAAAAGAUAUAAUUUACCGGCGAGUAAGUGUAAGUUGUGGUGUUGUGGGAAAGGUGAUGAUGUUAGUGAUUGUGUUUCAUGGCUUUUUUGCUGUUGGUGUUCUCUUGCUCAGGAAGUCCGUACGGCUAAUCUGUAUGAAAUUGUUGAAGAUAAUGGAAAAAGCUCAAACAGACGGGUGGCAGCUGUGGAAGAUGCAAUUUUGGAACCACCAUUGCGUUGUUUUGUAAACAGAGAAGAAGGUGAUUAAGAAGAACAUAUCCUAAGGAUUAUUUAAACAAAUAUUGUUUAUAUUUCUAAAAGUUUUCAAAGAUGAAAUAUUGAGUAUUUUUAAUUAACUCGCAUAACCUUUUUUAUUUUCUGCUUGGUUUGUAAAAGGAAGAGGCUACUCUUUUUUUGUUCAUUCUCCUUUUAUAGAAAUGACUGAAUUACAAUA